AUGGACAAUUCUGACAUACCAGGGUCCACCAUUUCUGGUGAUCUUCCAAUCCGCUCUGCCCCUCGAACUCACGGAGAAAACCCGGAGAAGGAGUUAGAUGAGACUCAGACCCAAGUCAAAAAUACUCAGCAUAAAAAUGCAAUGAAUGAGCCACUAAAUCUCAUGCCCAAGCCCACGGAAACGACACUCAAACUUGACGAAGCGGUUGCUGCGGUUAUUGGCCCCCAGCUUGUGGCUCAGAUGCAAAAGAAGAAGAAGAGGAAUCGGGGCCCCAAAGGCAAGCGGGGAGUGGGCAAGCCAACUGGAUUUGAGGAAUGGAGUGCCGAUGGACCGUUGACACCUGAUGAGUAUCAGGAGGAUCGUGGGCUUUACGAUUCUCGUCGAUCUUUCGUGGAUCGGCUUGAGGAAGCCUUUAUGCGAUUCGAGAGAAAGCGCCGAAUUGAGCCUGCUCGAGGCAAUAUCUUCCACAAGUACCUGCAGUAUGGAGGCAUCAGCGUCGGCCCCAACUUCGGAGGUGGUGUCAGUCCCCAGGACAUGAAAAUGAUGACUGGGGAUGAGAUUAUGCAUGCUCGUACCCAGACCCUGAUCGAGAAGGAACGAGAAGGCCUGCAUAUCAGUUUCGACAAAGUGGUUCGGGGCUUCUUUGGCACUUACUACCUAAGAUACUUCAAUCCAGAAGGUAUUGAGGAUAUCGAACUCGCCACGAGUACCAUUCGGAACUUCCUCACAUUCUUGCUUUUUCACGACGUUUGUCCAGAAUACAAGGAUGACGUUCUCCAGGCACGCAAGAUAUGCACCAUUGCAAAUAUGGAGCUAUGGAAGAAUCUGCAAUUAAUACGCAAAGGCCCCAGUGGAUUCAACAAGGCGUGCUCUGUGCUCUUCGCUGGACACUCGCUUGAAAAAGAGAACGAGAAGCCUAGUAUCUGGGACGAGAUUGAUGAUCCUUCCAUGACCACUGAAAAGGCCCAAGAAAUCAUCAAGUACUGCAUUGCUGGUGCCGGCUCCCACGACGUUGCUUCUAGCUUUAUGCAGCAUGUCGCUACCAAGAAUGUGUUAGUGGAGAGCGUCGAAGACAUCGAUGGCUUUGAGGUACUUUGCGUUGCUGAGCCAGGUGACGAUGUCCUCGCAUUCUAUCAGGAAUUCGCGGCCCAUCUGACCCCCGUUGGAACCGUCAAAGCCAAGUCUUUCCGUGACCCUGGCAAGCCCCAGACUGAUUUAAGCCCCGAGGAACGCUGGGACUGGGACCACGGCAAGGCGCCUAGCUAUGACUUUGUUUUCUUCAUUGAAAAGGACCACCUCAAGCUUUUCUAUCCUGGUUUGAGGGUGGUGGCCCCUGUUUGGAAGAUGAACUGCGGGACGUACUAUUUUGACCAGGUCUACUCGACCUUCCCAAGCUUUAACGCCAUCAUUGCAAAUGACAUGAUGCUGGGCUGGAAGAAACCACGGGAUUUGACAAAUGGUGGUCAGAGGCCCAAGGGACAACAAGGUGAAAUCAACAAGGGCAUAGAUGAUGCCGUAAAGAUGGCACUUGAGUUUACUGGCCAGAAAAAGGAUGAAGGCAAAUGCUCCAAGAUUAAUGAGGAUGUGUCAGACGGCGAAUAUGACACAGCGGAGACCUCAUAG